CUACAUCAAACUCCCAAAAAGCGAACUCUCCGGCUUACAGUCAAGGCCAGACGCUCGCAUCUCCUUCGUCAGUUACGGUCGAUCACAGCUCUUCGUGCCCGCCGGGGGGUUCAACGAUUCCGAGAAGGACAUCCUUGCCAAGCAGAAUGUCCUCUCGGCUACAGUCAGGAACGUUCAGGCCAGCUUCAGGAAUCUUUCAGAGCCUGUAGAGAUCAAGCUGAAAAAGCUUCAGGCAGGACGAAAUCACACGUGUGUGUUUUGGAACGAACAAGAGUCACGUUGGUCCAGGCAAGGAGUCCAGACGGUGGAAGACCCCACAAGCGGACAAGUCACCUGUAAAUCUACUCAUCUCACCAGCUUUGCUGUGCUUUUGAGUUCUACAGGCGAAGCUCUGCCCUCAGAGCACGAAGACGCCCUCACGUACAUCACCUACAUCGGCUGUGCCAUCUCAAUGGCGUCUCUGGUUAUUACCAUUGUCACUUACGCUCUUUUCAAAGUGCUGCGUGGUGAGAAGUCGGGCAAAAUCCUGUUGAACCUGUGUGUGGCUCUGCUGUUGCUCAACACAAUCUUCUUGGUGGGUACCGUGGACGUGUCAGACUUCAGUAACACAACGUGUGUGGCCGUGGCACUGAUGAUGCACCUGCUCGUCCUUGCCGCCCUUAUGUGGAUGCUGGUGGAGGCCAUAGAGAUGUACCAAGCGCUGGUCACGGUGUUCACCUCGUACGAACGGCUCUACCUUCUGAAGCGCUGCAUCAUCGGCUGGGGUAUCCCUGUGCUGAUCGUAGCCAUAACGGCGGCUGUGGACAUCUCCAGUUACGAAAACAAAAAGGAAAACCGUGAUGUGUGUUACCUCACAAGCGACAACAAAGCGACCUACUACGCCUCUCUCGUCGCCCCGGCCUGCCUCAUCAUCAUCAUCAACACCAUCAUCUUCAUCAUGGUGGCCAGAGUCAUCCUGAAGCCUCGAUUCCAACAGCAACCUGCCAGCACCGGUUCUGUAUCAGUGACCCCCGCCCAGGUACGAGGCGCCUUUGCCGUCAUGUUCCUGAUGGGCAUACCCUGGAUCUUUGGCCCUCUCGCUCUCCGUGAAGCCCGCGUGGUGUUCGCUUAUCUCUUCACUAUCUGCAACUCCCUUCAAGGUUUCCUGAUAUUCGUCUUCCGCUGUCUCUUCAACCCCGAAGCCAAGCUCGCCUGGAUACAGCUGUUUACCACCGGCACCCUGAAACGCAGACGUGGACCAAUCAAAUCGAUGUACACAGACACGUCAUCCAAGGGGGCUGACUCUCAAGGCAGAAGGCUCAGCAACAGUAACAGCGGAACCGGAUACCACGCUAGCGGUACCACCAGGACGACCAUCUCCAAGAACGGGACCGGUUCGCACCCUCACCCGCAUCAGCUACACACGACCAACGGUUGGCACCCGAGCCUGAACGGGAUGCGGAGAGAGUCAGACUACAAGGACGGACCCCCUGGCUACUCUACAAACGACAGUCGAAGCUCUUCAAGGUCGUUAUCUCCCUUGGAUAGACGAUCUAGUGAGGAUCUCACCACCGUCGUAAAACGCGGUUCACCGCCAGACGAGUACGGCCGUCCUUAUCCGGACGAGAUGACUCAUUUCUGAUCUGGGUUUUUUAAACCACGCUGACAUGAAUGACUCAUUUCUAACCAGAUUUAGAAAAAAAACAGCUUAAAGAGAAACAGACCGAUUUGGCUUGAGCGGACGAGAACUCUCAUUUCUGAGGGGCUGCAAUUCUCGCGCCGACUCUCCAGUAUGGAACUGAUUUCAGAACUUCCUUUGGUUUUUCUGAAUAAGGACUCAUUUCUGAACGUUUUUAAGCAGCAUCUCAGUUAAUGGAAUACACAGAUGGUGUCGCUCGUUCCUGGGUGAUCCUAGCCACGUCCAGGCCAGUCCCGAUGAUGUGACUCAGUUUCUGGACGUUUCUAGUCAGAACAUGCCUGCACAGUGACUGCAGCAUGCUCUUUUCUUGGCGUCUUUCGUAAGGGUUCGUGGGAACAGAGUUUAUCACAAUGCUAUAAACUAUUCGCCUUUUUUGCUUAAUUUUGUGACCACGUCAUGCGUACAGAAUUUAGACCGAGCAUUCUCUUUGAUCAUUGUGAGUGAUCAAGAGGAAGGCCACCUGGAACUUGAAAAAGAAUAACAGAAAAUGAUUUUAGACUCUCAGACUCUCAGCCUAAGGUCUUGGCUUUGAAUCCCGUCAAGGGCCCGACGCUGUGUCCUUGGCAAAGGCACUUCUCGUGCAUUUUCCUCACUUUAUCCACGUGACAAUGGGUAAUCGGCCAUAGAAAGCAAAAGAUCUUGUCAGUAUGUCUGUGUUUUAGCGUUUGUAAUUCACUGCUGGCACUGUAUACUUCCAGGGAAGCUGAGAAUGUUUCUGGGUCGUGUUCUAGGGUCUGCUGAAUUAUUCUGAAUUCUAAUUAUUAUUAAAAGCGAAAUCACAUGGAAUAAUGUCAAGAAGCUGGCCCAAGACAGGGAAAAGUGGAAAUGGUAUGUCCAUGGCCAGAACCUUGAUCCAGGGUGAGGAAAGCAACGACGAUGGUGAUGAUGAAAGCAACGACGACGAUGAUGAUGAUUCUUUGGACCCCACCGUUUACUCGCACUGCAGAGACAUACGUUAAGGUCUCCACAAAUCGUUGAAAACUAAAACUACUUGAAUACAUGCAUUUCUCUCAGCUGAGUGAAUGUUAUACACUUUGUAUUUCUGUUGUAGUUUACAUAGCGGGUGUAACACCUCCGAUUUCGUACUGAUCAAAUCUCCCAGUAGUUACAGGGAGUAUUUGGCUUGCUUUGCUCUUCCAGUGAUGAAUCAAACUGACUUUGUCAGACCACCUUUACAAUCAUAAAAUCAUUGAUUUGGGAUUUCGAAUGAUGUAAUAUUGCUUUCGUUUCAUGUUGUUCCUUCAGGAUGGGAUGAAGUAUUCUCCGAGCGAAUAAGAUUGUUAAAUGCACUUUGCAUUGGGUGCUCAAGAUAUUGUAUACUCUGGAUAUUGCUAGUGAGGAUUGUCGUUUUGCCGGAUGUACUUAAACUGGAUUCAGACUUUUUUUGUUUCGUCAAAAAGGAAUGGUUCAACCUUUUGCCACGAACUGAAAUAAGAAUAAUAAAUAUGGUCUUUAUCACGAGUCCUCUACAUCUACAACAACUCGCCAUGACGUCUUCCGGCAUAGACAAGACCACUGGGAACUUUUCAGAUCGGAUGAUGGUGCUGCUGGAUUUUUUUUCCUUUGACAAGUAUUGUUGCAAACACAUCUUGCUUGAUGCUAAAUACUGCUAAACCAAUUGAGUGCAGCAAUAUGUCAGCGUGCUGUUGACCUGACCUGACCUUCCUUGUGCUUUUUGUAAACAUUAUCAAGUGGACGGUUAAGGUACGUCUGCUGAGCCGCCGCGCUAGUUUGGCGUGUCCAUCUGUGACAGUGAAGUUACGCUGCAAACCCAACGUCAGCAAAAGGAUAAGCGGCACGAAGAAUUGGUUUAUAGCGCGGUUACUGAAUCCCUUUACUGACAGACGUGAAGGAUUCAACACUUUUCAUGAGAUGAAACUACACAUCUAAUGUAUAAUCACCCAUCACCUUGCCAAGGCAAUACGUGUUCUAUCAUUUCAGGCCGACUGACAUUCAUCCAGUCAACACAUCUCCACAACAUAUUGAACGUGAUAUAUGUUUUUUGUUGUUCCAUGACACUGUGUACAAGAAAGUAAUAAUAUGUUCAGUUGAGAAUAAUACAUUUUGUAAAUAUGUCCUCUCUUCCGCACCUGUGAUGAGUAUGCAAGAGCAAAUGUACGAGGGUUGUUUUUUUUUUUGGUGUUUUUGUUGUUGUUGGUUUUUGUUUUUUGUUUUUUUUGGGGGGGGGAAUCGGUUAACUGUUAUUAGAAUGGAAGUGUAAGAUAGUUCAGUCAAUGUUUUUGUUUUGUUUUGUUUUGUUUUUGUUUUUCUUUGUUUUGUUUUUUUUGUUGUAGUUUUUGUUUUGCUUUUUGCAUUUGCGAACUAACAUGGCCAGCCACAGGCUCAAACAACAGUAAUCAACUAACACAGUCCCGUUUUCCUAUCCGCGUUGAAAAAAA